UCUUUCUCUGUACUCGCUCGCCGCUCCCCCACCCUAAGCGCCGCUCCGAUCCUCUCCCUUUCUCUUCCGUUAGCUGCUCUCGUCAUCGCUGCUUUUCUCCGUGCUCCUCCCUAAUCUUCUCUCAGCGGCGCUCCUCUCCCUUUCUCCUCCCUCUGCUCUCGUUCGUUGCCGCUCCUCUCCCUAAUCUGCUCUCACUGUCGCUGGGAUCUUCACCCACGCUCACGCAUACCUGUGCCGCCGCCGGCCUCCACCAUGAUUCCUCCACAGCACUGCAUACACGCUAUGAUUCUGCCUUUCUCCUCCCAAACUCAUUCUUGUCGUCGCUGCUCCCUAAUCCGCGGAUCUCACCAUGAUUUGUUGUGGAUUGGAAGAAUUUAAUAGUCACCUUGCUCCUUUCUACCUAAUCGAAUCAAAUAGGAUCAUUAUGGAUAAGAGUUGGAUGUUUUUACCAAGACAAACUGAGGAGUAUAGAAAUGGUGUUCAAAGUUUCUUACAUUUUGCAUUUUCUAAUGCAAAUAUAAAUGGAAUGAUUUUAUGUCCAUGUAUACGGUGUAAGAUUGGUAUAUUUGUUUCCAGAGAGGUUGCCUUUGAUCAUUUGACGGUUGAUGGAUUUAUCAAAGGUUAUACUCAUUGGGUAGCUCAUGGAGAGAUAUCAUAUAGUACAUCUACAAACUCUGCUUCUGUUCCAUCUAAAAAUUAUGCAGAUGAUAUGCAAGGUUUAGUUUAUGAGGCAUUUGGGAUCUCAGACAAUGAUAAUAUAAUUAGCACAUCAGAAUUUGAAAAUGAUAAUGAGAUUCCAACGGGAGAGGCUGAGAAAUUCUAUAAAUUAAUUGAUGAUUCACAAAAAGAAUUAUAUCCAGGAUGCAAGAAAUUCUCAAAACUUGCAUUCAUGAUUUGCUUGCUUCACUUAAAGUGUCUAGGCAAAAUUAAUAAUAAGAUUUUUGAUAUGCUUUUAGAUUUGUUGAGAGAAGCAUUUCCUAAUGCAAUGGAUGAUUUGCCUAAGUCAUACUAUGAAGCAGAGAAAUUGAUGAAGCAAAUAGGACUUGGUUAUGAAAAGAUUGAUGCUUGUCCUAAUGAUUGCACUUUGUACUGGAGAUUGGAUAAAGAAAGAAUUCAAUGUGAAACAUGUAGUGAGCUCAGAUGGGAAACAUCCGAAAAUGAUUCAACCGGUGAAAAGAGAAAAAUUUCACGUAAGGUUUUAUGGUAUUUUCCAAUAAAGCCUAGAUUGCAACGGUUGUUCAUGUCAUCCAAAACAGCAUCCCAUAUGAGAUGA